AUGAGAAACUAUAGCCGCAAUACGUGAACCAAAGAGGUGAAAUAUAGGCAGGCAGACGAAGCCAUUGUUAAUCUUGUUAAUGAAUUAGGAGUAAAACGGUGAACGAAAAUAGCUCGGAGUCUGGAAGAAAAUUAUGGGAUAAAAGGAAGGUAAUUUUUAAAUCAGAACUGGUAAGCAAUGCAGAGAAAGAUGGUUCAAUCACCUUGAUCCAAACAUAAACAGCGAAAAGUGGACCUUGGAAGAAGAAAAAGUUCUGUUUGAGUGCCAAAAAAAGUAUGGAAAUUGCUGAACCAAAAUGACAGAGUUCCUCCCUGGGAGGACUGAUAACGCAAUAAAAAAUUAUUUUUACAGUACAUUGAGGAGAAACCUGAGAAGAUAUACCAUUAAAUUUACCAUUAAUUAUUUAUUUUAGUGCUUUUGUCCAUUUAUUUCUAAUAAUUAUCUGUUAUAAAAGCUCAAAAUUGACUUAAAAAUGAAUACAAUAAAAAAAAGCCUAAGAGUCAACAAAUUCAUGGAAAAGUCCAAGAAUUAAUUAAAGUUCCUGAGCUUGCCAAUUUACUUACAAGGCACUCGGAGAGGAAGAAAACCCCUUCAGAAAAACUAUCAUCGUAAUUCCCAAUUAGUAUUAAAGUUGAAAUCCCAAAACCCAUACCAAUGUCUUCCAAAGAGAAAAAAAAUAAACAGUCAAAAAUUGAAGAAGAGUCUCAGCUGCUUUUGUCCCUGCAUCAGACGAAAGAUCCAGAAGGUAUUUGAAUGAAAAGAGAAGGCAAUAAUAGUGAUAUAGAAGCUCCUCAAGCUAUAAAUGAUAGAGCCGCUGUCCAGCCACGCAGCUUCCCAAAUCCUAAUUCUCUACCAUGCAUGAAUAUAGGAUUUAUUUCGUUUGUUACGAACUUAAGGAACUGAUGUGAUCUCUGUUUAAAUAGCCAAAAUGAAAUGGCAGAUAAUAAAGGCUGCGGAGUUCACAUAAAAAGUGAGGAUAUAAAGAAGCCGGACUGUUUUUUAGAUUCUCCAAUAUAA